AUGAAAAUAUUAUUUCUCCUUUCUGCUGUUCUGAUUUCUUCGGCCUUGGCCGUUCCUUCUCACCACACCACAAAAAUCGGAGAAAAAACCACUAUCGAAAUUGCCGAUGAAAAAGUGAAGUCUUUCUCAAGAAGUUCAGGAUUUGGAACUCUUCAAACUUAUGAUGUUGAAGGGCCAAAUAAGAACAAAUGGAUUGAUGACGUAAGAUUUGAAAAUUGUAGACUAAAUUUAUGUAGAUCCCAUUUUUUUCUAGAAAGGAAAAACCGUCGGUGACCCAAAAAACUACGAAUUCAAGCCGCCUGGAAGUUUGAUCAUCAAAAAAGUAUCAUCAAUCGAUGAGGGACAUUAUGAUUAUAUUCCACUUGUUCCACCAAAACCCCUUGAUUUGCCACCAGGAAUUCAUGUUGAUCCAGGAGUCACAGGUGUUACUGUCAAUGUUUUCCCAGCAAGAAAAUAA